GGCCAAGUCCAACUGAAAACCCUAACCCAACCAUUUCCAGAUAUAAAAACUUAACAAAAACCCUACUUCGCUUCGAUCUUUUUUUACUUGCCUCCUCUCCUCGUCUCUUCUUCAUCCUCUCGCCACUAAUCUUCAGAGAAAACCCUAAUUUUCCAAAAUGCCUUUCAAGAGGUACGUUGAGAUCGGAAGAGUAGGUCUUGUCAACUAUGGCAAAGAAUACGGCCGUCUCGUCGUUAUCGUCGAUGUUCUUGACCAGAACAGAGUUCUAGUCGAUGCUCCUGAUAUGAUUAGGGGUCAAAUGAACUUGAAGAGGCUUUCUUUGACUGAUAUCAAGAUUGAUAUCGAGAAGGUACCAAAGAAGAAAACCUUGAUUGACGCAAUGGAGGCUGCUGAUGUUAAGAACAAGUGGGAGAAGAGUUCAUGGGGUAGGAAAUUGAUCGUCCAGAAGCGAAGAGCUGCUCUCAACGAUUUUGACAGGUUCAAGAUCAUGUUGGCCAAGAUCAAGAAAGCUGGUGCUGUGAGGCAGGAGCUUGCCAAGUUGAAGAAACAAGCUGCAUAAGUGUUAGGAUUCAGGAUUCGAUUGUCUUUGUUUUAUGUUUUUUGGAUAUUUAAUAUCAGAAAAAUUUUGAGUGAGACAUUUAUUUUGUGAAGUUCUUAUUUAGCAAGGGGAAUCUAUUUCUACCAAUCUUGGUUGUGUAACCAAUACUUCGUGUCUGAGUAAUGAAUCUAGAUGAUAUCUACAGGUUAAAGGCUUUGCAA